GCAGCUGCUAUUCUAGUGAUUUAUUAUAAUGUGGAUUUUUUUCCAUUUGUGUGUGUUAUUUCUAUUGUGGAUUUUGAUGUCUUCAUCACACAUAUUAAAGAAGUGGCUAAUAAGUCUUGCAGAGUGAAUCCAUUCGAUCUAUUUAAUUUAUGCUGUUGAUAUAAAGCAUCUUUAUGUUUUAAGUUAGUUUUUAAUAGUAAAUUGGAACUUCUAUGUAAGGCAUUAUAUAAAAUUCAUGGUAAUGUAUUUAAGGGACUUAGAAAGAUGCAAAGUGUACAUUUUAAGCAGUAUUCACUUUAAUUUUUUUUUGUUUGUUUUGUUUUGUUUAGACAUCAUUGAGUCACCAGCACAACCUGGUGGUAGUUUAAGUAACUGCUUGGUUCCUGCUAACAUUUCUUUAAUGACUGAAUUUAUCCUUGCUGGAUUGACAGACCGCCCAGAGCUCCAGCAACCUCUCUUUUACCUGUUCCUAGUGAUGUACAUCUUCACCAUGGUGGGAAACCUGAGCUUGAUCAUCCUUAUCAGUCUGAAUUCUCACCUCCACACGCCAAUGUACUAUUUCCUUUUCAAUCUAUCCUUCAUUGACCUCUGUUUCUCUUCCGUUUUCACCCCAAAGAUGCUGAUGAACUUUGUAUUGAGGGAAAAUACCAUCUCCUAUGUUGGGUGCAUGAUUCAGCUGUUUUUCUUUCUCUUUUUUGUCAUCUCUGAGUGCUACAUGUUGACCUCAAUGGCCUAUGAUCGAUACGUGGCCAUCUGUAACCCACUGUUGUAUAAAGUCACUAUGUCCCCUCAGGUCUGUUCUUUGCUGAGUUUGGCUGCAUAUGCAAUGGGGUUAGCUGGAGCCACUGCCCACACUGGAUGCAUGCUGCGACUGACCUUCUGUGAUGCAAAAGUCAUCAACCAUUAUUUCUGUGAUAUCCUUCCUCUCCUCCAGCUCUCCUGCUCUAGCACCUAUGUCAGUGAAGUAGUGGUUCUCAUUGUCGUGUCUAUUAACAUCACCGUGCCCAGUGCCACCAUCCUCAUUUCUUACAUUUUCAUCCUCACUAGCAUUCUCCGUAUCAAAUCCACUCAGGGAAGAUCAAAAGCAUUCAGUACCUGUAGCUCCCACAUUGCUGCCAUUUCUCUUUUCUUUGGGUCAGCAGCAUUUAUGUACCUUAAGUAUUCUUCCCCUGGAUGUAUGGAACAGGGGAAGGUGUCUUCUGUUUUCUAUACUAAUGUGGGGCCCAUGCUCAAUCCUCUCAUCUAUAGUCUGAGGAACAAGGACAUCAGAGUUGCACUGAGGAAAGCCUUGGCUCAAAUCCAGAGGAGAAGCAUGCUAUAA